GUCAAAGGUUAGCAGCGACAGUUUUGUUUUUUGCAACAACCAAGACAGGAUCCAGAUGUUUCAAUCCUAAACUAAGCAUAGAACAAUGGAUUGAUAAAAAAUCGGAUUUCCCUCUAUGGCGAAAAUGAAUGGGCAUCCGAGGCAGUAAAGACCGAAGUAUGAUUAUUAUAAAAUACACAGCCGUGUUUGAUAGCUACCGGUAGCCAAUAUAGCUAGCUGGCUAACUACAAGCUUCCCGUCAGCUGGGCAACGUCAGUAGGCAAAUAUACUGUUAAAAGUGCCAGGUGGUGGCUCAGAAUAGUCUGUGCAUACCUGUGGUCAGAAACAGAUGGCAGGGUUUAAACUUGCCAUUCUUGUUUGCUAGCGAGAAAAUAUUAUAGUUUUUAUGAAGCCCCUUCCAGCGGCCACUGUCAAAAGUAUUCGGAUAUGAAAUUAUUUGUAUGAGAUUGCUAGGCAAUAUAACAAAGUGAACUUCUAUGUUGAACUUAAAGAUUUAAUGCAUGAGGGAUCCAGUGGACGCUUGCCCCCAACAAGAUGAGGAGACUAGUGUCCCGGAAGAAGGCUCUAACGCUGGUGAAGGAGCUGGAUGCUUUCCCCAAGGUUCCAGAGAGCUAUGUGGAAACCACAGCCAGUGGGGGAACAGGUGCGUUAUUAACUAGCCAAUGUAAAUAUGAAUUUCAAUGAAACUAUUCUUAACUUAAAAUUAGAGCUUGGAUACAUUGUAAAAUGUUAAAUUCAUGUAUGAUAUUAAGAAUAACCCAACACCGUGUCCAUCCAUGAUGUCAACCGUAGUAUAAGUGCAAUGGACAAACUAACAUAUAGGGCAAAGUUUAGAACCGAGCAUCUAGGCCAACCCUAGUAUAGUCAUGUACCUGUUUACUUAUUUUAAUCAAUGAGUAGCCUACUCCAGUUGUAAACUUGGCCUUCUACAUCACUCAUUAUUUGCUGUCUUUUCACAGUGUCCCUGAUAGCCUUCACAGCCAUGGCUCUGCUGGCUUUCCUUGAGUUCUUUGUGUAUCGAGACACGUGGAUGAAGUAUGAGUAUGAAGUCGAUAAAGACUUCUCCAGGUAAAAAACAACUCUCAGAACAUGGUCAUGUUCAUUAGGCACCAAACAUAUAUAUUUUCUAAACCAUUUAGCAGUGGGAAAUGAAUGUUUGUUAUUGGGCAAGUCUAGUUGGUCCCUACAAGUUUCAGUCCAUUUGCUUCCGUUUGGUGCCUAAUGAACACAAACCAGCAGUCUGGCAUAUAUUUUUGAGUUAGCUGGGCAACGUCAGCAGGAAAAUACUUACCGUACAGCUCCAAGUAAACUAUAGAGCUAACUAACACAAUCUUUUCUCUCUUUUGCAGUAAAUUAAGAAUAAACAUAGACAUCACCGUUGCCAUGAGGUGUCAAUGUAAGUAUGUACACUGUUUGAAGGUUGCUCUCACAAUUUAGGCCUAGGCAGGGACAUCUAGGAUAUAAUGUGACUGUAUUUAUGUCUGUAGUAGAAUUAACAUUUCAGUAGUGUUGUAUGAAGUCAUUGACUGUAGGCAGCCCUUGUCUUCCAUCAUGUCAUAUUGAUUAAUUUAUUGAUUAUAUUAUUCAUUGAUUUGCUGUUUGUCUGGGUGGCUGUAUGUAGUUGUAGGUGCAGAUGUCCUAGACUUGGCAGAGACCAUGGUAGCUUCAGAUGGCCUAAAUUAUGACCCAGUAAGUAUGACUCUGUCUGGUACCUGCUAUAGCACCCUAACCAGGCCAGUAAGUUAAGAACAGUUAAGAAGUCACAAUGACGACCUGACAAAUGACAAGAUGCAAGUGCGGUGAGAAUUCAGGGUUCCAUAAAUUUAAUCAUAAUAUCUUUCCAGUGACAAUGCCCUUUUAAAAUAUUUUUUUCCAUGGUCACCGUGCAGGUCACCUUUGACCUCUCUCCUCAGCAAAGGCUGUGGCACAGGUAAGAUAUAGAUAUCCUCCUGAAUUAAGACUUGUGGCCGAUAUGUCUACUGACAAUAUAAAAAUGCAUCUGCACAUGCACAACUAAAAUAGUAAUGUUGCAUACAGUGAAGCAAAAGAUGAGAUGAUUGGCUACAUGUGGCACAUUUACAGACAUUUUAAUGAUUAUGCAUUAUACCUGUCAAAUAAACCUAGUAAAGUAAAGACAGUAUGGUGGAGUGAAGGCUAUCAAUUGACCAUCUGUUAUAACUUCUCACUCCUACAUGGUGACUCCUGUGUUUAACCUUUCCCUUGCUCACUCAUCUCCCCUUUCCUCCCCCAGAACUCUGCUGAUGAUCCAGGACCGACUUAGGGAGGAGCACUCGCUGCAGGAUGUGAUCUUCAAGACAGUCCUGAAAGGAUCCCCCACUGCCCUGCCUCCCAGGUCUGUAAAAAGAAAAAUACAGCUUUGCUGUGACGCAGUGUGUGUGUUUGAGUGAAGUGUGUGAAAUUAGGUAUUGAAGUGAUUGAUAAACUAUAUUGAAUGAUUACGGUUAUGUUAUUGAAGUGACUCUCCUCCCCUCUUCCCAUCUAUUCUCCUUCGAGAGAGGACAGCCCCUCCCAGUCGCCUGCGGCCUGCAGGAUACACGGCCAUCUUUAUGUCAACAAGGUGGCUGGCAACUUCCACAUCACUGUGGGCAAGUAGGUCACCUCUCCUCAUUCUACAACUAACUCUAGCUACAGUGUGCCCUAAUGAGCACAAUGAAUGUUUGUUAUUGGACAAGUCCAGGUAGUCCCUCCCUGUUUGUCUGUUUUUCUCAGUUGGGUGCCUAAUGAACAUGACCUAGAUGUUUGACUCUUGAAUGUGUGAUGUCAUGAGUUAUUAUGCCCUAUGUGGGAGGAGUCUCUGCAAGCUUGACCUUCUCACAUCACAUACAGGGCUAUCCCACAUCCUAGAGGCCACGCCCAUCUAGCGGCCCUUGUCAGCCACGAUAGUAAGUUUCUUUGUUUCGAGUUUAACUCCCAUACAUGAUACAUACAAACAUUUUGCACAGAUGUAAGUUAUGAUGGAACUGUGUGCUGUCUUCACAAUUGAGUUUAAACACAUUUAAACCUGACGAUAUCCAUAGACCUGAAGUUAAUGAUUGUUCUGAUUUGUUGUUUACAGCGUACAACUUCUCCCAUCGCAUCGACCACCUGUCGUUCGGAGAGGAGAUCCCAGGGAUCAUCAACCCUCUGGACGGGACAGAGAAAGUCUGCACUGACCGUAAGUAAAAGGACACCACGUCAGUCCUGGGUUCAAAUACUAUUCAAAAUAAUUCAAAUACUUACGCUGUGCUUGAUUGAGCUUGCCUGUUGCAAUGGAACCAAUAGAAAAAUCCCAAAAUGGCAAUCCCCACACACCUGGCACUCCACGCAAUUAUUAAAGCAUUGGAAAGAUUUCAAAUAGUAUUUAUACCCAGGGCUUUAUCACGUCACAUCAAACAGGCUUCAUGUCAUGACAGACUUCCUAAAUGCACAGAUAAGUCAUGGGUUUUUGGGAGAAGUAGUUUGUCUGCCUCAACAUGUUAGUUAUGAAGAAAUUGUGACAUUCUAUAGGAAUUGUAACUUUGUUAAUGUCAUCCUACAUUAAAGAAUACUAUUGUUCCUAAAUACAGACUAUGUUUUUCUCUGAUCCUUGUCAGAUAAUCAGAUGUUCCAGUACUUCAUCACCAUAGUGCCCACCAAACUGAACACCUACCAGAUCUCAGCAGACACAAACCAGUACUCUGUCACCGAAAGGGUAGGUCCAGAAUGUGUGAUUGUGUGUUUGUUUGAGUGUACAAGCUGUAUGCUGUGUGUGUGUGUGUGUGGAUGAACUGAAGGUGUGGGUGCAUUAUCAUCCUUUCACCCUGUGUGGGUGUGUGUGUUUUUGUAGGAGCGGGUGAUCAACCAUGCGGUGGGCAGCCAUGGAGUCUCUGGGAUCUUUAUGAAGUAUGACAUCAGCUCGUUGAUGGUGACGGUCACAGAGCAGCACAUGCCCCUGUGGAGGUUCCUCGUCAGGCUUUGUGGCAUCAUCGGAGGCAUCUUCUCCACCACAGGUACACACACACCCACACACAGCUGGCCACAAGAGUACAGGGGUGUAUUCAGUAGUGCGUAACCUAGCAAAAUGUUUUGCAACAAAACAAGUGUCUCUUAUUGAACAAGUUCAGGUUAGUCCCUCCCUGUUUUGUCCCAUUUGCUUCCUAGGGAAAACACCCCAACUAUGUCCACCUGGGUCAUGUUCAUUAGGGCACAUCGUAGCAAAACGUUGUGCAACGGAAAAAGAAAAUGGGCAGGUAGUCCCUUCCUGUUUCAGUCUUUCUGAUGUUCGGUGCCUAAUGAACACGACCCUGAUUUACUACAAACCUAACAGGACCCACACCUAACCCCAGCCCUUUAGGCAGAAAUCACAGAGCACUAGUUGUAAAAAUCAUCCUUCCUCAUCAUCAUUUUGUGACGUCUAAAGGCGUCCGCAUGCUUCCCAGCCGAAACAGUUCAGAAGAGUUUGUGCAUAUAUUAUCACGACAUCUUGUGACGUUUUUAUUCGUUUUGGACUUCGGUAAGGUUUUUUUCGGCUGUCGCACAAAACAUUUUUUUCAGAGGCAAGCCGAAGUCUACGCCCCUUUGUCGGUGAUUGGUCAAAAGUAGGGAUUCUUCAAUAACAUCUUUGUCAUUCAACAAGAGACGACUUGUUUUCAUGCACAUUUUUUCAUUGAGAAAUACUGCACCAAACAUCUUAGAUGUACAAUUACGCAACUAAGAUCUCGGCAAAAACGUCAAAAUUAAUGAGAUUUCUUGAGUUAUCUUAGAUUAAUUCAGACUAUUUUGAGCAAGUGUAUACUGGCUACGACAUCUCAAAAUGGAAAAAAAGUACUAUUGCCAUUUUUCUUCUCGUUUUUCAAGCGAAUAUAUUUUUUAGGGAGUAUGCAAGCACACUCGUUCGGUUCGCCUAAGGCGCCAGUCGAACUGAAUCAUGUGGAAGCCUUAAGACUCCUCUCUGUCCUCUCCAUACAGGUAUGAUCCAUGGAAUGGUGGGCUUCUUGGUGGACGUCGUCUGCUGUCGCCUCCAACUAGGAGUCUACAAACCCCGGGAGGCAAGUCAACAGAUCACAAAACUCAUACCCUUGUCACAAGCUUGUUCAUUCCACAGAUGUAAAGUAGAUGCAGAAAGUGUCAAUAAAAAUAAAAAAAGUAAAUAUAAACUCAGUAAAAAAAGAAACUUUUUUCAGGACCCUGUCUUUCAACGAUAAUUCAUAAAAAUCCAAAUAACUUCACAGAUCUUCAUUAUAAAGGGUUUAAACACUGUUUCCCAUGCUUGUUCAAUGAACCAUAAACAAUUAAUGAACAUGCACCUGUGGAACGGUUGUUAAGACACUAACAGCUUACAGACUGUAGGCAAUUAAGGUCACAGUUAUGAAAACCUAGGACACUAAAGAGGCCUUUCUACUGACUCUGAAAAACACCAAAAGAAAGAUGCCCAGGGUCCCUGCUCAUCUGCGUGAACGUGCCUUAGGCAUGCUGCGAGGAGGCAUGAGGAUUGCAGAUGUGGCCAGGGCAAUAAAUUGCAAUGUCCGUACUGUGAGACGCCUAAGACAGCGCUACAGGGAGACAGGACGGACAGCUGAUCGUCCUCGCAGUGGACAGGUACAGGAUGGCAACAGCAACUGCCCGAGUUACACCAGGAACGCACAAUCCCUCCAUCAGUGCUCAGACUGUCCGCAAUAGGCUGAGAGAGGCUGGACUGAGGGCUUGUAGGCCUGUUGUAAGACAGGUCCUCACCAGACAUCACCGGCAACAACGUCGCCUAUGGGCACAAACCCACGGUCGCUGGACCAGAAAAAAAGUGCUCUUCACUGACGAGUCGCGGUUUUGUCUCACCAGGGGUGAUGGUCGGAUUCGCGUUUAUCGAAGGAAUGAGCGUUACACCGAGGCCUGUACUCUGGAGCGGGAUCGAUUUGGAGGUGGAGGGUCCGUCAUGGUCUGGGGCGGUGUGUCACAGCAUCAUCGGACUGAGCUUGUUGUCAUUGCAGGCAAUCUCAACACUGUGCGUUACAGGGAAGACAUCCUCCUCCCUCAUGUGGUACCCUUCCUGCAGGCUCAUCCUGACAUGACCCUCCAGCAUGACAAUGCCACCAGCCAUACUGCUCGUUCUGUGCGUGAUUUCCUGCAAGACAGGAAUGUCAGUGUUCUGCCAUGGCCAGCGAAGAGCCCGGAUCUCAAUCCCAUUGAGCACGUCUGGGAAUUGUUGGAUCAGAGGAUGAGGGCUAGGGCCAUUCCCCCCAGAAAUGUCCGGGAACUUGCAGGUGCCUUGGUGGAAGAGUGGGGUAACAUCUCACAGCAAGAACUGGCCAAUCUGGUGCAGUCCAUGAGGAGGAGAUGCACUGCAGUACUUAAUGCAGCUGGUGGCCACACCAGAUACUGACUUUUACUUUUGAUUUUGACCCCCCCUUUGUUCAGGGACACAUUAUUCAAUUUCUGUUAGUCACAUGUCUGUGGAACUUGUUCAGUUUAUGUCUCAGUUGUUGAAUCUUGUUAUGUUCAUACAAAUAUUUACACAUGUUAAGUUUGCUGAAAAUAAACGCAGUUGACAGUGAGAGGACAUUUCUUUUUUUGCUGAGUUUAUAACGAAAGUAGCAUAGGAUACCCUUAACAUAAGCAUUUUGAUCAAUAUCUGAAUUGGACCGUAGUUAGCGUUGGUUUUUCCUUUUCUCAUCGCAUGCUGCUCUACUGCUAAUUUCAUUUGAAAAUACAUCAAAAUAAACGUAAAUUGAAGGGUGGUUUUCUGGACAUAGAUUAAAGCAUGUUCGUUGAAAGUGCUUUUUAGUCCAGGACUAGGCUUAAUCUGUUUCCUGGAAACCACACUUAAGUGUCCCAUUUCUUUGAUUUUUAUACAUUGAACCAAAAUAUAAACGCAACAUGUAAAGUGUUGGUCCCAUAUUUCAUGAGCUGAAUUAAAAGAUCCUAGCAAUUUUCCAUACGCACAAAAAGCUUGUUUCUCAAAAAUGUUGUGCACAAAUUUGUUUACAUCCCUGUUAGUGAGCAUUUCUCUAUUGCCAAGAUAAUCCAUCCACCUGAUUUAAACAGCAUGAUCAUUACACAGGUGCACCUUGUGCUGGGAACAAUAAAAAGCCACUCUAAAAUGUGCAGUUUUGUCACAUCACACAAUGCCACAAAUGUGUCAAGUUCUGAGGGAGCGUGCAAAGGCAUGCUGACUGCAGAAAUAUCUGCCAGAGCUGUUUCUAGAGAAUGUAAUGUUAAUUUCUCUACCAUAAGCCACUUCCAACGUCGUUUUAGAGAAUUUUGCAGUACAUCCAAACGGCCUCACAACCGCAGACGACAUGUAACAACGCCAGCUCAGGACCAACGAACACAAUUGCAUUUUAUCGAUGGCCAUUUUAAUGCACAGAGAUACCGUGACAAGAUCCUGAGGCCCAUUGUCGUGCCGUUCAUCCGCCGGCAUCGCCUCAUGUUUCAGCAUGAUAAUGCAUGGCCCCAUGUUGCAAGGAUCUGUACACAAUUCCUGGAAGCUGAAAAUGUCCCAGUUCACUCACCAGACAUGUCACCCAUUGAGCAUGUUUGGGAUGCUCUGGAUCGACGUGUACGACAGUGUGUUCCAGUGGAACAACAUUCCACAGGCCACAAUCAACAACCUGAUCAACUCAAUGCGAAGGAGAUGUCGCGCUGCAUGAGGCAAAGGGUGGUCCCACCAGAUACUGAUUGGUUUUCUGAUCCACCGCCCUACUUUUUAUUUUAAAGGUAUCUGUGACCAACAGAUGCAUAUCUGUAUUCCCAGUCAUGUGAAAUCCAUAGAUUAUGGCCUAAUUUAUUUAUUUCAAAUGACAGAUUUCCUUAUAUGAACUGUAAUUCAGUAAAAUCUUUGAAAUUGUUGCAUGUUGCGUUUAUAUUUUAGUUCAGUGUACUUUAAUGUUUUCCCUCUCUCAUUCUCAGAUGGGCCUGCUGGACGACCAUGUAAAUAACCAAGCCCCGGCCCCGCCCCUGGAAGCUACAGAAAACCACACCCACUGACAGGACUCCCUAGGACAGGGAUCAUCAACUAGAUCAGGGCUCUCCAACCCUGUUCCUGGAGAGCUACCCUCCUGUAGGUUUUCGCUCCAACCCCAGUUUUAACUGACCUGGUUCAGCUUUUCAACCAACUAAUUAUUAGAAUCAGGUGCUCUAGAUUAGUGUUGGAGCGAAAACCUACAGAAAGGUAGCUCUCCAGGAACAGGGUUGAAGAGCCCUGAACUAGAUUCAGCCGCAGGCCGAUUUUUUAAAAAAUUUUCUAGA